AUGUUUCAUCCCUAUGAUAGUGGGCACAUAGCAAUGACUUACACAGGUCUCUCAUGUCUGGUUAUUCUUGGAGAUGAUUUAAGUCGAGUAAAUAAAGACGCCUUACUGGCAGGACUGAGAGCUCUCCAGCUGGAGGAUGGAAGUUUCUGUGCUGUACUGGAAGGUAGCGAGAAUGAUAUGAGGUUUGUGUACUGUGCUUCCUGCAUCUGCUACAUGCUUGAUAACUGGUCAGGCAUGGAUACAAAAAAAGCAGUAGACUACAUUAGAAGAAGUAUGUCUUAUGAUAAUGGCCUGGCACAAGGAGCUGGACUGGAAUCGCAUGGUGGCUCUACAUUUUGUGGCAUUGCAUCACUGUGUUUGAUGGGUAAACUGGAGGAAGUUUUUUCAGAAAAAGAACUGAACAGGAUAAGAAGAUGGUGUAUAAUGAGACAGCAAAAUGGCUACCAUGGACGACCCAACAAACCUGUAGACACCUGCUAUUCCUUUUGGGUGGGAGCAACUUUGAAGCUCUUGAACAUAUUCCAAUAUACGAAUUUUGAGAGAAACCGGAAUUACAUUCUGUCAACUCAAGAUCAUCUUGUUGGUGGAUUUGCCAAGUGGCCAGAUAACCAUCCAGAUGCUUUACAUGCCUACUUUGGGAUUUGUGGCUUGUCAUUAAUUGGAGAAACUGGUAUUUGCAAAGUUCAUCCUGCCCUGAAUAUAAGCACAAGAACCUCAGAUCACCUUCACCAUCUCCAUCAGAUCUGGAAAACAAGGACUCUAAAAGAGUAA